AUGGCGGCCCUUAAGCUUUUUUCGCUCGCCUCUGCGUCUGCGCUUCUGAUGGCCGACGCCGUCCAUCAAACGCCAAAACAAACUCCAUUGACAGCGAGAACAGUAUCCUCAACAUACACUGUAAAUCUUGGGGAGACUGGUGUGUGCCUCGACGAAAUCAACGAUGCACGCCAAGCCGCUGGACUCGAACACUUCAAAACGCCCAGCGCAGAAGUAACGUGGCCUAAAACUAGCGCGGCGAAAGCGGAGCAGCCAAGUAGUGCCUGGAAUCCUGUUUGUGAAGCUCUGAUAGCAGAGGAAUCAGAAGAAGGAGAACCUGGCGCAUAUGCAACUGAAUUUCAAAGUGGCACAUACGCCUUCAUGGCCUUGGAAUCGGAGACGCCCGACUGUGCCGCCGCAGUGAAGCACUGGAAGGACGCCGCCAGCAACUUCACUACAAUCCCUCCGGCGAAGAAUAAAGAACCGAAACUCUACGAGAAACAGCAGAACGUUUCCCUUAUUGCUCUGUACAACCCUUCAGACAAUGCCGCUAUUGACUGCCGGGUUGUGACCUGCACUCUACCAGGUUCCGAACCGUCAACGUCCAACAUCCGGAGCGCUGAGAAAGACAAGCAUGGCUAUGCUCUACUGUGCAUGACCACACCUGAUGCACUUGAAGGCGAGGAUGCUCCCUUCGAGUAA